AUACCUUACCGUUUCAAGCUCCUUGAAAGCCAAUCUCCUUCAACUAACCGACGGGGGAUUGGCGAAGUCAUCCAUACAUCUGCAUUUCAAACCCUAAAUUGUCAGAUUAUCCAUGUCACAUAUCCAGAGAACACAUUCCGUUUGGUAGUAAACACAAUUUCGCGCGUUUUGGCCGGGUUCCAGCUUCGACAUCGUCGAUCCGAUCUGUGUGAAGGUUUUAAUGGUUUUGAUCUGAGAAAUUUGGAGUUGGAUUCAGUGAAUUCAGUUAUUCCUUAAAGAAUGGCGUGGUUGGGGAGGGUCUCUCUGGGGGGCUUCCCGGAUCUAGCCGGGGCAGUGACAAAGCUUAGUGAGAGCGUGAAGAAUAUAGAGAAGAAUUUUGAUAGCGCUCUUGGGUUGGAGGAGAAAUCUGACUCGAGCGAAGCUUCAGGAUUAUGGCCUUCAGCAACGGAGAGGAAAACACUGUUUGAACCUGUCAUGGCCUUUAUGGGACACAAAGGUGGAGAAAGUUCUGCUGAACCUUUGGAAAAAGUUGAAUCUUCAGAUCAAGAACAAGAAAGAGUAGAGACUGAUUCAGUUCCUCUAGCUGGCACAAAACAAGUUUCUCCUGACAAAGAAAAUGAACCACUCAAAACCAAGGAGGAAAAUGAGCAUCCAAGUAGUGAAGCAAGCAUGAAUAAUGCAGUUUCAAACCUUAGGGAAUCCAGCGAAGAUUCAGUCCCUCUAGCUGCCACUAAACAAGUUUCUCCUGACAAAGAAAAUGAACCACUCAAAAUCAAGGAGGAAAAUGAACAUCCAAGUAGUGAAGAAAGCAUGAACAGUGCAGUUUCAGAUCUUAGGGAAUCCAAUGAAGAUCCACAACCAUCGUUAGCAAGGACAGAUGAUACCUUUGUUGAGAAUGCUGAGGCAGGGAACUCAUUAAACUCCAUUCAACAGAAAGAAAGCUUGGAAGUGGGUUUUAGUGAAGAAUCACAGUCAGUUGGAGGUAAGCCAGGAGUAGAUGAAGUAGAACAAGCUGAAGCAAAUGUUCUCCAUCUGCCAGGUGAAUCAAACUCAAGUAUUGAUUUGCAUGAGAGCCAGGGUGAAGACGAGAGAAAAAAAGAAGUCAUUGAUGAGGAGUGUCCUAUUAUACAUGUUGAGACCAUACAUGAUAAAAAUGUUGGAGCUGAGACUGAGACAUCUGAAUCAAGUUUUACUGGUAUCGCCAAGGAUGAUGGUUUCAGGGAAUCCUCUGAUAAUCAAUCUGCAAAUGCUCUGCCUUCAGAUAUGGUUUCUGAAUCUGUUCCUCAUGCUGGUGAAUCACCAAGUAGCACAGCUGAGAUGAACCAACAAGCUAGUGAUUUCAAGCCUGACACUAAAGAGCAACAUUUAAGCUCUGGAACCAACAUACUGGACACUGUCAAUUCUGUGACUGAAAUGGAUAAAGUAAAGAUGGAAAUGAAAAUGAUGGAAGCUGCAUUGCAAGGGGCUGCUAGGCAGGCUCAGGCAAAAGCUGAUGAAAUUGCAAAGCUGAUGACUGAAAAUGAGCAGCUAAAGGCCGUAAUGGAGGAUCAGAAGAAAAAAUCCAAUGUAUUAGAAGUUGAAUCACUGCGAGAUGAGUACCAUCAAAGAGUGGCAGCUCUUGAAAGGAAGGUUUAUGCUCUUACUAAGGAAAGGGAUACACUGCGGAGAGAGCAAAGUAAAAAAAGUGAUGCUGCUGCACUUUUGAAAGAAAAAGAUGAGAUCAUCAAUCAAGUAAUGGCUGAAGGUGAAGAGCUUUCUAAAAAACAAGCAGCUCAAGAGUCACAGAUCAGGAAAUUAAGAGCACAGAUCAGAGAGUUUGAAGAAGAAAAGAAAGGGUUGAUUACCAAACUUCAGGUAGAAGAGAACAAAGUAGAGAGCGUUAAAAGAGACAAGGCAGCAACUGAGAAGCUACUGCAAGAAACAAUAGAGAAACACCAAACAGAACUUGCUUCUCAAAAAGAAUAUUACACGAAUGCUCUGAAUGCGGCCAGGGAGGCUGAAGCAUUAGCAGAGGCACGAGCCAAUAAUGAAGCAAGAACUGAACUUGAGAGUCGUCUCAGGGAGGCUGAAGAACGUGAAGCUGCAUUGGUUCAAGCAUUAGAAGAAUUAAGAAAAACUCUAACCCAAAAGGAGCAGCAGAAAGUUUUUAGAGAAGACAUGCUUCGGAGGGACAUUGAGGAUCUUCAGAAGCGUUAUCAAGCAAGUGAGCGUCGAUGCGAGGAGUUGAUUACACAAGUUCCUGAAUCUACUAGGCCACUUUUAAGGCAGAUUGAAGCUAUGCAGGAGACAACUGCUAGGAGGGCAGAGGCCUGGGCUGCUGUGGAGAGGUCCCUAAACUCUCGUCUCCAGGAGGCAGAGGCCAAAGCUGCAACUGCUGAGGAAAGUAAGCGGUCUGUGAAUGAACGUCUAUCUCAAACUUUAUCUCGUAUAAACGUUCUUGAAGCUCAGAUAUCAUGUCUUAGAGCUGAGCAGACACAGAUUAGUAGGUCCCUUGAAAAGGAGAGACAGAGAGCAGCUGAAAAUAGGCAGGAAUACCUUGCAGCAAAGGAGGAAGCUGACACUCUGGAAGGUCGUGUCAACCAACUUGAAGAAGAAAUCAAGGAGCUCAGGAGGAAACACAAACAGGAGUUACAAGACACACUGGCCCAGAGGGAAUUAUUAGAACAGGAGCUUGAACGGGAGAAAACUAUGAGGCUAGAUUUAGAAAGGAGUGCUCAUCUUGAAACUCCUGCAGUAUCUGAUCAAGCUCCAAAAUCAAAGCAUACACAUCCUUAUGUUGACAAUGGAAACCUCUCCAACCGGAAGCUUUCUAGUGCUCGAAGCCUAAGCAGCAUGGAAGAAAGCUUCUUCCUACAAGCAUCUUUGGACUCAUCUGAUGGUUCCUUUGAGCGGAAACAUCAUGGUGACACAACCAUGACACCUUACUAUUUAAAGAGCAUGACACCAAGUGCUUUUGAAUCUACACUCCGUCAGAAGGAUGGUGAACUUGCUUCUUACAUGUCUCGUUUGACAUCCUUGGAAUCCAUCCGGGACUCUCUUGCAGAGGAAUUAGUUAACAUGACAGCACAGUUUGAAAAAUUACGGAUGGAGUCAGCUGUGCUGCCUGGCUUACGAGCAGAGCUAGAGGCAUUACGAAGAAGGCAUUCUAAAGCUCUGGAGUUGAUGGGUGAACGUGAUGAAGAGCUAGAAGAACUUCGAGCUGAUAUUGUGGACAUGAAGGAGAUGUAUCGAGAGCAAGUAAACUUGCUUGUGACCAAGAUCCAAAGGUUGAGCUCUUCUACAAUCAAAGCCACCACUUGAUCUUUGAAUUUGGUUAUGGUCUUCCCUUUUGUACUGAUCAGAUGAAUUUUCAAAGGUUGUGUUUUUAAAUGUACUGGAGAUAGAUAUGUGGCUUCUCCGGUCUAUAGCAAGGCUUAUUGUUGUAUAUCACAAAUGGAAAUAGAUGAAAUCAAUACCAAAAUGGUAUUGCACAUCUCUAUUUUUUUUUUUUUAUUUCAAAGCAAAUUUCUCUUAGUGAAUUUACUAUCUAUUAGGAGCUUGCUUCAUUCAAGGUUUUGCCAUCAGUGUUGCUUGUUUA